CUAACGGUGAUGAACACCAAUUGAUAAAUAAAUGUAACGUAAUUUUUAAGGUUCUAAAAUGACCUUUAUUUAUUUUGAGGCGAAAGGGCAAUAAAAAACAAAAAAUCUUGUCCAGUUUUAAUUUCUUAAAAAACUUCCACCCGGCUCGAGCUAACAAGUGCGGACUCCGAACCGGUUUAAACUACGCUGAACAGAACUGUGAACUCCAAAGUCUCCAAAGCUGCCUGUAAAGUGGAAAUUGACGACUCUGCCUUUCUGUCCACUGGUCCUCUAAUGCUGCGUGCUUGUAGACAUGGAGGUCUCGCUUUGUUCUCAAAUCUCCUCAAAACCUCUUCUUCUUCCUGUGAAUGCUUUCUUCACUUUUCUCUAUUUUCUCCUACGCCAAAAACCGCCAUUCCCCAUUCUUCUUCACUUGCCACGCAAUUGCCUCAAGUUUCACCUUCAAACGCUGUAAGUUCUUCUGCUGUUAGUUCCAUUUCUUCUUUGAUCUCUGCUCAGACCGUUCAAUGCAAAGAUUUUGAUGAAUUGUUAAGGGAUUAUAAGGGCAAGUUAAGUUCAAAACUUGUGCUUCAAAUUCUGAUGAAUUAUAAGCAGUUAGGUAGAGUUAAAACCUUGGAGUUCUAUUCUUGGGCUGGAAUUCAAAUGGGUUUUCAAUUUGAUGACUGCGUCAUUGAGUACAUGGCUGAUUUCUUGGGUAGGAGGAAGCUCUUUGAUGAUAUCAAGUGUCUCUUGCUCACUACCUUGUCUCAAAAGGGACGGCUUUCAUGCCGGGUUUUUUCAAUUUGUAUUAGGUUUUUGGGUAGGCAAGGGAGGGUCGCAGAAGCCCUUUCUCUGUUUCAAGAAAUGGAAACUACAUUUAGGUGUAAACCUGAUAAUAUUGUCUAUAAUAACAUUCUCUAUGUGCUUUGCAAGAAGGAAACGUCUGGGGAAUUGAUUGAUAUUGCCCUCACUAUUUUUCACAGGAUUGAUGUUCCGGAUACCUAUUCAUAUAGUAAUAUUCUUCUUGGAUUGUGUAAAUUUGAUAGGCUGGAGACCGCCCUUCAGGUUUUUAACAAUAUGAAUAGAGCGGGUUUGGUCCCAACCAGGUCUGCGGUGAAUGUUCUUAUUGGGCAGAUGUGUUUAUUAAGUGCUAAGGAAGGCGCGACUGGGAAAGUUAGAGUGAAAAAAGUUUCUAGACCAUUUACAAUUUUGGUUCCAAAUGUGAGCCCAAAUAAGGGUGCUAUAGAGCCUGCAGUUUCUGUGUUUUGGAAAAUUCGAGAUUUGGGUUUGUUACCUAGUGCUUUUGUCAUUGUUCAGCUUAUGUCAGAGCUUUGUAGAUUGGGGAAGAUGGAAGAAGCAUUUAAGAUACUGAAGGUUGUUGAGCAAAGAAAGAUGAGUUGCUUGGAAGAGGGAUAUUCUGUUCUUGUGCAAGCUUUAUGCGAACAUAAUUGGGCUGAGAAAGCUAGCUUUUUGUUUGGGAGAAUGCUGUCCCUUGGGGUGAAGCCAAAAUUGGUUGUUUAUAAUUCCAUAAUUUGCAUGCUAUCCAAAGCAGGUAGUUUGGAUGAUAUUGAAAGGGUCUUCAAGGUUAUGAACAAAAAGAGAUGCCUUCCUGAUAAUGUAACCUAUACUGCUUUAAUCCAUUCUUAUAGCGAAGCAAGGAAUUGGGAAGCUGCUUAUAAUUUGUUGAUUGAAAUGUUGAGCCUGGGUUUGGCUCCAAAUUUUCACACAUUAACUUUGGUGGACAAACUUUUGAGGGAAAAUGGGCAGAUGGAUUUGUGUUUCAAAUUGGAAGGUAAACUGGAAACACAGAUCUUGCUCAAGCACUGUAAAACUGGUCAACUGGAAGCUGCUUACCAGAAACUGAACUCCAUGAUUGGAAAAGGUUUACACCCUCCAGUUUAUGUAUGUGAUGCUUUCGAACAGGCAUUUCAAAAGUAUGGUAAGUUGAAAAUAGCUCGUGAAUUGCUUGACAAGAUGGAUAAAGUUUGCAAACACAAGGAAAAAAAAAAUUCAUGGUAAGCUAUCAACAAGCAGUAAGUUUUUUUUUUUUUUUUUGCUUUAUUCUUUAUUAUUUAAGAUUUGGUAGUGCUGAACAAGGCUUGGUUUAAAUUCUUUGUUUCCAACGGACAUUUCAAAAGUAUGUUAAGUUGAAAAUAGCUCACGAAUUGCUUGACAAGAUGGAUAAAGUUUGCAAACAU